AUGUUACCCAUGGUGUGUGUGAAACGCUGCCUCCUCAUGAUGCAGUGGGUCUCAACUCUGCAGUUUCUGUCGGAAGUCACUGAACCUGUUCCUUUUAAUGGGGGGGGGGGGCUUGUGGGUUCUCACCCCUCCCGCUCUGCACUGUGGUCCCAGAGGCACCCAGGGCCCGCUGUGCCUGCCAGGGCCCUCAGAGCCUGCCGGGGGCCUGAGAGCCUGCCGGGGCCCUCAGAGCCUUCCACUCGGGCACUUGGCUUCUCUCCACAGCCUCCUCUGUUUGAUUAA